AUGGAAGCAGAGAACCACAGCUUGAUAUCAGAAUUUCUCAUCCUGGGUCUCUCAGAUGAUCCUGAACUCCAGCCCAUUCUCUUUGGGAUGUUCCUGUCCAUGUACCUGGUCACAGUGAUUGGGAACUUGCUCAUCAUCCUGGCUGUCAGUUCUAACUCCCACCUCCACAACCCCAUGUACUUUUUCCUCUCCAAUCUGUCCUUUAUUGACAUCUGUUUCAUCUCAACUACAAUACCAAAAAUGCUGGUAAACAUGCAGUCACAGAGAAAAGACAUCUCCUACACAGAAUGCCUUACACAGAUAUACUUUUUUAAUACCUUUGCUGGAAUGGAUAAUUUUUUACUCACUUUAAUGGCCUACGAUCGCUUUGUAGCCAUCUGUCAUCGCCUCAAGUACACUGUUAUCAUGAGCCCGUGGGUGUGUGGCAUUCUGGUCCUGAUACUUUGGACCAUCAUGUUCUGGGUCUCCCUAAUUCAUAUUCUAUUGAUGAAUGAACUGAACUUCUCCAGAGCCACUGAAAUCCCACAUUUCUUCUGUGAACUGGCUCAAGUUCUCAAGGUGGCCAAGUCUGACACUCACAUCAAUAAUGUCUUCAUGUAUGUGGUGACUACCCUACUAGGUGUGAUUCCGAUGACAGGAAUCCUUAUGUCUUACUCACAGAUUGUCUCAUCCUUAUUAAGGAUGUCCUCUACUGUGAGUAAGUACAAAGCCUUUUCCACCUGUGGGUCUCACCUCUGUGUGGUCUCCUUGUUCUAUGGGUCAGGAUUUGGUGUUUAUUUCAGCUCUUCUGUUGUCCAUUCCUCCCAGAGAAGAAUGAUUGCCACGCUGAUGUAUACUGUGAUCAGUCCCAUGCUGAACCCCUUCAUAUAUAGCCUGAGAAACAAGGAUGUGAAAGGUGCCCUUGGAGAACUUUUUAUCAGAGUUGCCUCUUGUCUGUCGUGGAUCAUUGACAUCAGAACUAAAUUCAUGCUGAGAACUCUAAGGCAAAUUUUAUGA